AUGGGGAAUGGAUCAAUGAAACCCAAGCAUCUGAAGCGUCCGGAUAGACAUGUAGGAAACCUCUCUACUGGCUGUGCUGGCAACUAUAAGUUUUUGAAGGACCCAGCUCUGGGCAUCAAUGUGACUGGACAAGUUGAUGUUCUUUGCAGCAGCUUGCUUGAACUGGAAAAGGAGUUGAGGAGAAAAGAUGAAGAGUUACGAGCCAGUGAAUGUCACGUUGCUGAGCUUCAGGAUCAGCUGGCCGUGCAGAGAAAGGUCAUAGCAGAACUCACCAAGGAACUCCAGAACAAGUGUGUGCAGCUGAACCAACUGCAGGAUGUUGUUAACGUCCAGGGAGAGAGCUCCCUUCAGACUUCUCCCUUUAAAGUGGCUCCGAGGAUUAAAGCCUCCGCUAAUAGGAGGAGAGGUGCUAAGGAAGGGGUGUCUGCAGAACCGACAACGUGGCUGUACGACCUGAGCAAGCAGGCUCGAUUUUCCUUUGAAAAGGCAAGAGUCCGAAAGGAUUCCAGUGAGAAGAAGCUUAUCACAGAUGCCCUGAAUAAAAAUCAGUUCCUGAAGAGGCUGGAGCCUCAGCAGAUCCGGGACAUGGUGGAAUGUAUGUAUGAAAGGACUUACCAGCAAGGGAGCUACAUUAUCAGACAGGGAGAGCCAGGCAAUCACAUUUUUGUACUCAAAGAGGGCAGUCUGGAGGUCUUUCAGCAGAACAAGCUGCUCUCCUCAAUACCUGUGUGGACCGCGUUUGGUGAACUAGCCAUUUUAUACAACUGCACACGGACAGCCUCUGUGAAAG